AAUUAAUGCAAUAUCUCUCAAAAAGAAGAGGAAAACUACUUAAAAAAAAACAUGACAUGAGUGUUUGACAUUUAAGAAUGCUCCCUGAAAUCUUAGAAAAAAUAUCUAUGACCUAAUAUUUAGCAAGAAAUACUGCAGUUAGCUACAUGUUUUUGUUUUGCCAUUGCAUAAUUAGCGUGAUUAGCAUGAUUAGUUUGAUCAUCAGCGUUAUUAGCAUGCUAGCUAGAUGUUUGACAUACAGUAUUAGGGAUAUGGAUGUCAUUAGUUGUCUCAUUUGUGAUUAUAUUUUAUAGACAAUUUAUAAAGUGUAUGUAUAACUUUAUAAUUUGUUAGUAGUAAGUAUUUAGGAUAUGAAUUUAUAUGAAUUCAAGGCGGCACUUUAUUUUAACGUUCACUAAUUUAUUUUUUUAUUUAGCUUAACUGCUUAAGGAAUCCGCUCUUGCCCUAGAAAAUGGCGGACCCCUAGUUAGCUUUAGCACGUAGGGAACAGGAUGUCGAUUUGAGACACAGCUUUUGUUUGUUUUUUAACACGCCCCUGACGUCACAUUGGCUCGCGCGAGUCCUUCCUCCGGUCGGAAGGCAAACGUCCGUUAAAGAAGUGACAAAAUGACGGCGACGACUUGAGGGAUAAACCGCUGGUUUAGUUUGGAGACAUAAAAAUGGCGCAAGAGAGCGGAACUGGAGAUGCGGACAGAGGCAGCGGAGACUCCGGGAAGCGAGGCCCGGGCGGAGGCGUGCGGAGUCGGCGGCGCUCCGGAGACACCGCGGCGCGGGUGCGGGCCGUGAAGGCGGCGCUGAUGGACACUCUGGGACCUCAUGAGCGGCUCAUCACCUACCUGCAAGCGGUGCUUCUGUGGGAGAGACCCGGACACAGCGUGCUUCUCUACACACUCACCAACUGCGGCUUCUGGUUCUUUGCACUGAGCUCGUUGAGGCUGCUCUUCCUGUUGGCAUCAGGACUGGCUCUGUUUGUGUGCGUUGACACGUGGAGGAACAAGAUUUGGCCCAAGAUCAAAGUGAAGCGAGUGGAUGAAAGUGAAAAUGAAAGUUGGGGCCUGGUGCAGCCCGGCACCCUGAGCGUACCCGAGUUGUGCCACCACAUGGCCGAGAUUUGGGUGAGCGGAGCCUCGUGUGCCGCUGAUCUCAUCGAGUUUAAACGACACAACCCUGGACAGUUCUGUGUGCUGGUGUGUGUGCUGUUCUCCUUCCUGGCCAUGGUGGGGCGCUACAUCCCUGGAGUAAUCCUCUCCUAUGUCGCUGUAUGGGGCGCGGUGUUGUGUCCUCUGGCGAUUUAUCAUCGGUUUUGGCCACGUGUGUGUGUGAGGCUGGAGCCGGCCCUGCAGUGGCUGGACUUCAGCGUCAAAGGCUACAUGAUGUCCAAGCCUAUAGACAACCAGUUCCUUCGUCGACCAAUCAGAAGCCGUGCCCAGGGUGAUGACAGCGACAGCGAGGAGGAGCUAGCUGCCUUCUGCCCUACAUUUGAUGAAGCGACGGUUGCUAAGGAGUUAGCGAUGACUGAUUCGGAGCACUCGGAUGCAGAAGUCUCGUACACAGAAAAUGGUACCUUUAACCUGUCCAGGGGACAGACUCCUCUCACUGAGGGCUCAGAAGAACUCGACAGGCACAGUGACCCAGAGGAGUCAUUCGCACAGGACCUCCCAGACUUCCCCUCUAUAAACCCAGACGCCACGCUGAUGGAGGAUGAUGAUGACCCCAGCCUCGGGCUGCCCAGUUUGCCAUCGGUCGGCAUCUCCGGCCCCCACGCUUCCGCCUCCUCUGCCCUGCUGGACCUGGACACGCAACUGGACUCGGACCAGGAUGACCUCGACACAGACCUCUCGCUCGGUGGCCUCAACGUGACCUCUGACAUCACCAGUGAUCUAGCGGGCAUCAUAGCCAGCAACAUGAUCCAGGCGGCUCUCUCGGGUGCCAUGCAGGUUCCGCGCGAAUACAGGAAACAGUCGAGCUCGGAGCUGGACCCAGACUUGGACCUGGACCAGGACCAGGACGACUUUGAGCUACUGGAUCAGUCCGAGCUCAACCAGAUGGAUCCUUUAGGGGGCUCGGGGGCGAGAGGAAGUGGCCAGAACAGAACACGGGGAUCCAGUUUCCUGUCCAGCCUGCUGGGGAAGCCACAGUGAGCCCUGUGUGUGUGUGUGUGUGUGUGUGUGUGUGUGUGUGUGUGUGUGAUACACACCUACCUAUAGCAACACCUUCUACCUGUCCAUUCUCUAGAGCAUAGUGAAGAGCAAGUUUGCAGUGUGUCUACAUAGAGGUGUGUGUUGCACGGGUCAUGAAUGUUGUAUUAGGUUCCACUAGUCAGUGGCUCCAGUCAAUCACUGUGAAGUCGUUUUGUUUUCUCGGAUGUUUCCUGUUUCCCCAAUUUUUUUUUUUUUGUUUGUAGGCACAGCAAUAGUACACAAGGACCGAGAGAAAUAUUACAGAAACCAGCAUAGCAAAUGCCAAACCUUUUUACAGCAUCCGAACGGUAACAAACUGAGCCUUAUUAUAAACCUCUCCAAGGCAAAAAUUCUGUACAGUCAGCGUUGUUUAACACCAUACACUCAUGAUGGGACCAAUCCACACAUUCCUGUAUAGAUGCUGUAGAUCACACACAUCCAACAACGCAGUACACAGUCAGGAGUCGACCAGUCGUUCAUGCCACAACCACAAACGCUUCUGAUUGAUGAUCGUGUCUUAAAUUCAUUCAUUCAUAUUCCCCUGCUUCCUGUUCAAUGCUAACCCCAAAAACUAAUAUUUUGAGCUCAGAGGUCAUUAACUUCAGCUUUGCCAGUAUGUUAUGCACACUUCAUUUUCAUUUUGCUGAAGUGAAUUGACAAUGAAUUUCCAAGCCUACAUCACUACGGCUUAAUAAUUUAAACAUUUAAAAAAAAAAAAAAAAAAAAAAAAAAAAGGAAUUAUAAAAUAAAAUAUGCAGCAUGUCCUAGAAGCAGUAGGGUCAUACUUAAUAUUUGAUUUUUAUUAUUUAUUACUUGAUUAUUUUUUUUUUUAAUUAAUUUAUGUGAUUGCUUAAGAUUAUAAACUACUUAAUCAUUAUUUUGAAACAUGUUACAAGACCUGGCGUGUCUUUGAAAAGCACGUGUUUAAAUAUUUAGGUUCUGCACGUGCAUUGCUCCGUUUUUUUUUUUUUUUUAAGCUCCGUUGCAGUAAUUUGGUGAAAGUUUGCAUUCAUCAUAAAGAAUGAUCUCCCACGGUUUGUAGACAAAAUAAACCUACUUUUUUCCCUACUACGAGAAAUUUGCUGAGCUUUUACCCAUUUUUUUGUGGGCAUUGGAUGUUAGGUGACGCAGGAAAAAUCAGCACUAUAAGUGUGUCAUCAGUUUACUCCCUUUUGUGUGACCAUGUAACACAUCUAUAAAAGAAAUGGGAGCAGAUUUAACAGCAAAAACACAACCGAGUGAUUCUCUUUAUGAUCGCAUAUGAAUGGGUUGUUCUACUUAGUUCUACUUCAGUAGAACUGCUUGUGAAUAGGGAUGCAUGGAUACCGAUACUGGUACGGGUCCGAUACCAUGUUCAUGUACUCUGUUACCAAUAUCCAAUACCACAUAAUGCUAUGUGAUGUACGCCUAGGGUAUGGUCUCGCACUAAUAAACAGGUGACACGAAAUGACAGUGAGAGACUUUUUUCCGAUUAAUGAUAGCAAGCAAAGUAUAUGGCGAAAAUAUCAAGAGGCGGUAGUAGAGCAGUAUUGUGUUCUUACAAUACAUGUAGCCUGAUAAAACAUCUUUAUGGCUGUGAAUUGAGAGCGCACAAAGGUAUUCGUGAGCGUGGAGGAAAACUGUCAUGCGUGUCUCAGUGCUCGCAGAACGGAACUGCUCUCACGUUUCUCUGCACACACGGGUAUUCGCGAACGUGGAGCAGUGAUACGAGCAUGCAGAGAAAGUGACGCUUGUGAGAGCACGUCAUUUGUGCGAGCACUGAGACCCUGAGUCACGGUCCGGUUCACGACAGUUUUAACAACCACGCUCGCUGAUCCAGUUUGGCCGACCUCCCACUCUCUGUUAAAGCUACCGUUUAAUCAGCAUAACUGUAUUAAACUCAGCAUGUUUUGCUAGAAACAUACGGACACAUGGAACUAACAUAAAUAGAGCUAAAUAAAGUGUUUACUUAAUAGUGAGUAGGUUACUCAUUUCAUUAUCAGUAUGGGUAUCAAUGAAUACUGAAAAACAUGGACUCAUACUCGGUCUGAAAAAAAAUGGUAUUGAUGCAUCCCUAUUUUUAAUGACAUGAUGCUCCAGUUUGUUUGGAUUUGGAUUUUUUUGCGGUGCUGGAAGAAGGCGGCGGGUGGUUCAAGCUUUGUCACAACCAUCCCGUCUACAAAGCUGAUGAGGCGAAUGAAAAAAAAUCACUAACAGUGUGAUCGCUUUCUGUAACAGCAGUGACUUGUGCAAAUAUAUGCCUUAUAGAAAAAUGUGUGUGCACCUACAGGCAUGCUUCCGUAGCAUCUGUGGUCAUCGUUUGCUCAUCAGUCAGCCCUACUCUUUCAGAUACAGGCUUCAUACGUUCUUUGAGGAGAGAGACAUAAUGAGACAGGGUCCUCCUCUGCUUUAAACAUCAUAUUAAAUAUAUACACUCACCAGCCACUUUAUUAGGAACACCUGUACACCUGGACAGUCAUGCAAUUAUCCGAUCAGCCAGUCACAUAGCAGCAGCGUAAUUCAUAAAAUGGUGCAGAUACAGGUCAAGAGCUUCGGUUCAUAUUCACACCAAACAUCAGAAUGGGGGAAAAUGCCAUGUCAGUCAGUAGCAUGGUUGUUGAAUAUUUCAGAGUCAGCUGAUGUCCUAGGAUUUUCACACACAACUCUUUAUACUUAACAUAGAAUGUUGAAAAAACACAAAAAAAACAUCCACUGAGGUCCAGUUCAGCGGGUAAAAUCACCUUGUCGAUGAGAGAGAGAAUAGUCAGACGUGUAGAGUAACUCACAACCAUUCUUUACAACCAUGGUGAGCAGAAAAGCAUCUCAGAGCGCACAAUACGUUGAACUUUGAAGUAGACAGGCUACAACAGCAGGUUCCACUCUGUUCAACCAAGAAUGAGAAUCUGGACAGAUUGACAAAUGAUUGGCUGACUGGAUAAGUGCAUGAAUGAGCAAAUGAGCAAUUUUGUCAGCCCUAGUUUAAAAACCACAGCUUGUAUAGGAAACACGUAACCUUGACAAAAAUCAAUAUCAAACCCAAUAUCUGAGAAGAACACGGUUAUAAUGGCGACGUCUCCAUCUUACAUCUCAAGUCUGUUAACGUAUUUCACCCGCAGUCUUAAUUAAAACCUCACCUCAUGCUGAAGUUUCUCUGUUGAAUCUUGAGAUGACUUGUGAUGAAUUGCGGUGUGUGUUAGUAGGAGUAGGAGGCAGUGUGGUGUGGUGCAGUGAUGCUUCAUUUGUUUGUUUGCUGUGUUUUUUUUUCUUUUGACAAUGUGCUUCUGUAGCUCCUGUCAUUGUUUUUCAUCCUUCUAUAGUAGAUCUGCAGUAUCAUGGACUCCUGUUUGAUUUUUGCUGUACAAGUGAAAUUUGCUGAUCUUAUACACCAUAGAUGUAUAUAUAAAUGUAGAGACCUAGACGGCUCAUUAUAGCUCAUUAUGGCUUCUAUAGACAUUACAUGAACAUAUUUGCAAAAAAAAAAAAAGAAAAUCUAUCUAUCAGUUUUUUCCUGUAACAGCUUCCAAUUUGAUUGUUGUGCAAGAAAAAUCUCUGAUAUUAGCUAGUGCGUAUAGCUACAUUUGCAAUCCAGUUCACUCUACAGACAUCUAAUCGGCAAAGUUCGCUUCCUGAAAACGUGCUUUUAAUUAAAGAACGACGCGCCGUACCUUCUAUCCAGUUAUAGUUGCAUUUAAAGUACAUGUAAACAUUUAAAGUUGUGGACCAUCCUCAGAACAAGUUAUCGCUUACGGUAUAGUAGCUAUAACAGUCGUUCCCUCACCAGCCUCUCACUUUUCUCUUUAUCUUUUAAUAAAGUUAAUAAUAAAAGACAAAAAAAAAAAAAAAAAACAUGCAGCUUGACUUGAAGUGCUGACACUGGAGACUCCUUUCAUAAAUGUUAAUUAAACGUCUUCUCCAAAAAAUAAAAGAAAAUAAAUAAGACAAUUCAUCACCAUAUGAACAGUUAGACGUUUUUAUUUGUUUGGUAACACAUCUUUAAUCCGUUUAUAGGGACGUCCGCCAUACAAGUCCUUGUGUAUCUUGUUACUAUAGAAAUAAUAAUGUAUUAGAGUGUGCAUAUAAAUAUGAACGACAUACAGCCAAUAGAAACAUAACAUUGUCUUUAAAGGCAACUCUUGUAUUGGAGGAAAAAAAAAAAAAAAAAAGCUUUACAGCCAGAGCAAAUUUUGGAGUUACAGUAUUAUUAUAAACAUGUUUUUAAUUUGUAUUUUCAAGUAAUAAAAGUCAUUGAUGUUUGAUACAGAAAAGAAGAGAUACUGUACACACAAAUUUGAAAUGAAUUUCGGCUGAAGAAAACAUGAAUGAAUCUGUUUUUCCGUCAACUACAGCCAUGCAAAAGUACUGACACCGAUAUAAAAGUGAUUAUAGAGAAAAGUCGACGAUACCCAAAGUGCAUCACUGUUUCCAGGUGAAAGAAAAGAACGCUAAAACCACAGCGUAACGAAGAGAUUUUACAUUUGCUUUUUCUUUUACUCAUCUUAAUGAUGUUUGAUUUUGCUUUUUGUUAAUGAAAUUGAGACUACUUUUCGUCUCUUCGUCUAUCCAAACAGCACAUGAGUUCCUCUGGCGGCCAUGUUUAUGUGUAGAUGGGCUUAUAUCUAGAUGUAGCACUGAAACAUGUGACUUUCUUCCUCACCAUUAUCAUUAUUCGAAAAAACCUGUCUCAAGCACUUUUUUUUUUAUGUCAUCUUUAUUAAUAGAUCAACUCUUCCACCUCAACCUUUUUUUUUUUUUUUUUUUUUUCCUCGUAAUGCCGAUAAUAUUUCAUAUCCAAAAGAAAAAUAUUUACAAUUCAAACCUCAAUGUGAGUCCAUGGGAGCCACUUUAACUCGCUUAGCUUUCAGUAUGCUGUACUUACUUCCAGUCUAAUAUGUACAUCUAUGGUGAUAUUAUCUUUACAGUACACAGUUGCGCAUGCUAGUGGAGGAUUUAUAAUCUGUUUUGCAACUGAUUUUUAAAGAAACUGACAUGCUGUAACUGACGAGGAGGAAGAGGAAGCAGGUCGCAGCUUGGAUGUCCUCUUUCUUCAUCUUAACACGUGCAUCUUAGGCAUGUGCCAAUAAUCGCUAUAUUAUAUAUCACGAUAUUCAAUGCACAUGAUAAAAUAAUGACUUAAACCUUGCUUACUAUUUAAAAGCACCUGUUUUGGUUAGAAUAAAUAUAACAUGGUGUCUCUCCAACUACAGAAUAAUGUUUGAGCCAUGCAGUUGGUUUAAAUGCAAUAUUAUGACAUUAAUGUGAAUUAAUUAGGCGAUUAUCGCGUGUUUAACUAAUAUUGGCACAUGUCUCGUGCAUAUUUUAUUUUAAUGAAUAAAAAUUGAUGUCAGCACAAAAUCCUGAUGUGAAAAUUGUAAUUAAAAUGAUGAGCCCGUUUUUUUUUUUAAAAAAAAAAAAAAGAACCACAUGACGAGUGACGAAUGUUAUUGGCGUCAGAGCACUUAAUCACUUAAUCUCGAAUAAAUGCUGACUGUUUCUUUUCCACGCUGUCGUUUCAUGAGGAGAAACAUAACUGCUGGUCAUUUUGUUCAUCAAUUUAUUCACCUGAUGUGAGCCAGAAAGAAAUCACUUCACAUUGGAAUACAAAUGAAAUAAUGAAAUGAUAGUUUUUUUUCUUUGAGAUUAAAAAAAAAAAAAAAAAAAAAGAUUUAUUAUAUUUGUAAAUGUUGUGCUGUGUUGAAAAAGUCAAUGGUUAAAAAAUGUCAAGCAGGAGCAAAAUAUCAGAAUUCAGGCUGCAUAUAUUCACCUCACAACAUAGACGUCUCGUAAAGAGUCUUUUUCUAGAAAAGAAACAGUAAUUUCAUAGAAUGUGUACUUUAUAAAGAAGAUGAUAUUCUCCAGUAUAUGUCUUGUGUACAUCUGAUAGUUCUUCUGUUACUCUGUAGAUUUUUGAUAUGUUUUGAUGUGCAAGUGAAUAAAUUCUGAAAUUAAAACCUUUGGCACUUUUUAA